GCCGGCUAACGCGGAGGGCUCGUCCCGUUCCGGGUAGCGGCGGUGAUCGACGGGACCCAAUGAACGACGAGGCGAGUCGGUCGCGCCGCCCGAGCGACGACGCUCGUCCAUGAUCGUCCGGCGGAUCUCCAGCAUCCACUUCUCCCGUCGCCGGCCUCUCCGCGCCUCUCCACGGCGUAUGGAAACCCUUCUCUCACACGCAAAAGGGGACAUCUCAUCACGACUCUUGGUAGCAGGCACUUCUCCGUAGUGGGCACUCCACUCAUCGUGUCGUCGUACGGGUUCUCCGCGAGAGGCUGUGGGGCCUGUGCCCGGGCGGGCGAGCAAGCGAGCGAGCGAGCGAACGAGCGCGAGCGCGAGCGGGCGAGCGCUGGUCGAGUGGGUCUAAGCGGCCGUGAGGACCUCUCCAGGAGUACCCGACAGAAGUCCUCUCCAUUCAUUCAUCCAUCCAUCCAGCCAGCCAGCCAGCCAGCCAAGCCAGCCAGCCAGCCAGCCAGCGAGGCAGGCAGGCAGCCACCCAGCCAGCCAGCCAUCCAUCCAUCCAUCCAUCCAUAGAGCGGCUCUUCUCCUACGGAGAGUGUAUCCUCGACGAAGGUGGAGGCGAAGCGUAGAGUGGUACAUCUACCAUCGUCUCUCUAUCGGCAGAAUCCAAGGACUCGAAGACCCCCGUGUGAUUUCAGUCGGCCGCCGGCCGGCUCUGGCCGGCCACUAUCCUCGACCACGUGUGCAAGGUCGCCGUGUCACCGCGUAUAACGUUACGAAUUUCCGAGGAGUGAAACGCAACGUCGGCUUACGCGCGUUCGCGCCGGCAGUGUCGAGAGUUCCGUCGAUUCCAUCCAGGGAGAGAGCCAACCGAGUCGGCCGCCGGCCGACCGCGGUCUCGCGAUUUUUCCUCUUACUCGUGAUGACGAUUCAUCGUGCGCCACGUGACAUCGCGCGUCCCUGCGGCUCUUAACGUUGAUGUCACGGUCCGAGACUCCGGGGAAGGACCGAAGGAUUCGGAGAGCAACGACGACGCGGCCGAGUGAAUAAAAAGGAAAAUAGAUAAAACGUUCACCAACGACGAGGUCGUCAAAUAAAACGGAGCUCCAGUUCGAUAGUCGGCGUUGGAAACGUUGGUGUCUACAGCGUUUCAUCACGAGUCAGAGCACUCCUCCCCGGGUUGGUUGUACGUGCUUGUGUAGAAAUUUGUUUUCGCAGGGAGACAUGCGUGCGUUCAAAUGUGAUCUAGAUUACGGAAAGAGAGAAGGGGACGAACUUCGGCGGCUCGUGGCGAAUGAUAACAAACUCUUCGCCGAUUUCGGAGACAAGCGGUCCCGGUGGUGGUGAAAACGGAAUUUUUUUACUUGUGCGCCCGUGGAUCCAUCGUAGUAAUCUAAGUGAGCGCGGUUGCGCGAUAAGUUGUGGCAUUGUGGGAUUAACUAGUCGUGCGUACUGAUUUCCAAUUUCGGGUGAGCGAUCUUUCGAGUGACAUACUUUCGAAUAUUCGACAGUGAAGAUCGGACGCGGAUCUCGCCCGUUGCUCGAUCACGCCCGUCAAGUGACCCGAACAAGUGUGAUCGUGUCCAAGUUCAAGCAUUACGUUAGCGCGAUCUCGGCGAUCGGCAGUCGCGAGUGGCCCACGAACUAGACCCGGAAGGAAAAGAAAAGAGAAGAAAGCAGUAGCGUCAUAAUGCGCCGUUGUUACGGCUAGCGCCGGCCUCAUCAUUCCGCGAAGCGUGAGCUUCAAGUACUUCGACGGCGUCGGGCUCGCCGAGAUGAGCGGUGGCAGCGGCGGCGGCGGAAACGGCGGCGGCAAUCAAGGCGGUAAUGGCAAUGCCACGACUUAUCAUCAGCAUCAACAGCAGCAACAGCAACAGCAACAGCAGCAGCAGCAGCAGCAACAGCAAUCGCUGGAGCAGGCCGGCCUGCUGUCCGACCUCAAUGGUAUUGACCUGGCGAUGAGCCUGUCGCCGAAGCAGCACUCGUCUCACGUGCAAGCUGCCGGCGGUGCCCACACUACGCCCUUCAGCGUUACCGAUAUUCUGUCGCCGAUCGAGGAAUCUUACCGGAAGCUCGAGCUCGCUGCCGCCGCCGCCGCCGUCGGUGUUGGUGUCGGCGUCGUGACGCAUUCCCAGGGCUCGCCUUACGGGAACGCAUGCGGUGCACGGGUGGGUGGUAACACCGGUAGCUCGAGCGCGAGCAGCGGCAGCCCGCCGCUACACGGCGGUUCGACGCCCGGCGGCAACCCCGGACCGGUUUCCGUUGCCAACGGGGCCGCCCCGGGCGGUGGCGGCGGCGCCGGUAGUGCCGGCGGUACCGGCGGAGGCAUGAGUGCCAUGGGUAAUCCUUACGCAACUAUGCAGCUCACGUCGCAGUAUCAAUAUUGCGCCGCGGAAUUGUCGCCGUACCAUCACGCCGGGCCCGGCGUGGGUGCCACGGCCACAGCCACGGACCCCAUGAGGUCCCACGCGGUGUCGUCGCAUCAUCAUCCGUGGUAUGCACCGGCGCCGCCGGCGACCAACGACCCGCGCUUUGCCAUCUCGCGACUGAUGGGCGCCGCGGCGGCGGGCGCCGGGACCAAUAUGGCCGGCUGCUCGGUGGGCCAGUCGAUGGGCGACAUGACCAAGUCGUCGGGAAUGGGGGUGGGCGUCGGCGUUGGAGUCGGCGUCGGCAUGGGCGUCGGCGCGAUGCAAUUCCCCCUCGCGCAGAGACGGAAGAGACGCGUGCUCUUCACCCAGGCCCAGGUCUACGAGCUCGAAAGGCGAUUCAAGCAGCAAAAGUACCUCAGCGCGCCCGAACGGGAGCAUCUGGCCUCCUUAAUUCAUCUAACGCCCACGCAGGUGAAGAUAUGGUUCCAAAAUCAUCGGUAUAAAUGUAAGAGGCAAGCAAAGGAAAAGGCCAUGGCCGAGCAGAACGCCCAAAAUCAGAGUGCAAGCUCACCGCGACGGGUGGCGGUGCCGGUGCUGGUGAAGGACGGGAAGCCGUGCGGAAGCGGCGGCGGCGGCGGGAACGAGGGUAGCCGCGGCGGGCCCAGCGCAGCCCUGGCGAGUCCGGCGCCGCACAUGACGGCGGCCUCGAGUCCUCACGGCACCCAUCACGCGGCGACCUCCUCGGUCUCCCAUCACUCGGUCGUCGCCGGCGUCAGCCACGUGAUGAGCUCGAGCCAGAGCCUGCAGCACUGCUCGUACACGCGGUCCGGCGCGCAGCAGGGCAUGCAGCAGCAGCAGCAGCCGCAGUGCGGCGCGUACCUGCCGUUGCAGGGCCGAGCUUGGUAGUGCGCGCCAUCCGCGGCGGGGGCCGCGGCCUACGCCAAUCCCUCCGUCGCGGGCCCAUGGGCCCUCGCCGCGGAUCCAACUGCCUGGUACGCCAUACCCGACGACAGUCCUUAAGGGUGGGAUGACAAACGGAGGGAUGCGCGGGCGGGCGGGUGUCUCUCUCUCUCCUCUUCUCUUCUCUUCUGCUCGCGGGACGCGGACGGCGACGGCACGAUGGGAUGAACCUGAUGAGCCGGCGCCGCUCUCUUUCUCUCUCUCUUUCUCUUUGCGUGUAAAGCUUCUCUGCUUUCAAGAGAGACACGUGCCCGUGCGUGCACCGAAGCUACCGAAAGGACGGUCCUACCUUUUUCCUUCCUUCGUGAGCGUAUCCGUAUUAUACGGUCACCGCGGACAGCACGUGCGCUGGCCGAAACCAGGAAACGUGACGUUACGUGGUGAUCGACAAUCGACGGGCGUACGCUCGGUGGCUGUAAGGGACUAUUAGUGUGAUAAUUAGCGACCGCCUAUGGUCAGCGAGUACGCGCUCGCGGUUGGAAAUGGGCCAACCGAUAUAGCGAUAUUACGAUGAGAACACUCGAAUCGGGAUCAUCGUGCAUAGCGUAUCGCAUAUAUAUAGUAACCGCCACCGUGAUUUCAUAUCUGUCAUCAUCGCGCAAAUCGAUCGCGAGUGCCCGUCGGAAAAGCGGAAUUCAUCCGCGGAAUCUGGCGAAUCUGCGGCGGAGAGUUUUGCAAAUUGCGGUUGCAAAUCUUUCUCCGCUCGAAUCGAUGACAUGCGCUUCCCGCGAAGCCCUCGAUUGAUAAUUAGCAGAUUGCGCUCGCGACGCGGAUCCCUACCGACCGAAAGCGAAUCAGUCGAGAGAGACGCGUUCGUUUUCCGACCAAGAAUCGCCUGCGUGCGAAAAUCUCGGUAACGCGAAAGUUUCAAUCUCACUUUUUGCCGAGAUUAAUUACAGUGUUUUAGAGUCUGCGAGCGAGGCGACACAUUUUGGCGUUCUCCGCUUAGACACGUACGCCUGCUGCAGCUUUCCGAUCGUUCAGCGAAUCGAUUAACAAAGCGCGAGCUGAGAGGAGGUUGUAAAAAGAAACGAAAAUCGAUAAUGAACUCGAGCUUCUGAUAACGACUCGCUGAAGCCAGAUUGGAGAGGUAAACAGUCGCGUUCGAGAAAAGUGCAACGAUCAAACAGCCGUUGUGUAAUUAAACAACUGUUCUACAUUUAACUGUGCUACAUAUUUUUAAGUUCUCAGAUACAAUUAGUAUACAAGUCGCGGACGCAGGAUGUAAAAUUUUUUUUUUUUCCUACAAAUUCACGAGAUAUUCAAAAUAAAUUCGGUAAUAAUGUGAACUUGCGAUAUUAAAAAUUAUUGAAUAGCAAUUUGGAGACACGCUGUUCUUAAUGCACAUACAAUUGUUAUAUUUGUUUCUUCCUCUUGUUAAUAACAUCAUUUUGUUAAUAACAGGACAAUAAAUUUUUUUAGUUUUUACUUCCAAUUGAAUUUUCUUUAAAAAAAAAAAAAAAUUAUCACAUUUGGUGAUUCGUAGAAUAAAACGUUAAUUUUUAUUCUACACGAGUUUUCCCAGUGUCCUAUCCGGACAAUUAGUUCGGGCAAGAAAAGGGACAAAUAUAUAGAAAGAAAACAUAAAAACCGCAGUUAAAAAGAACAGAUUGCAACUGCAAUGUUGAAUCACAAAUGGCUUGACGAAAAGAGACCGAAAUUAUUUCCAGAACCAAGAGAAAUUGCGGGAAUUAUAUUGCUAUCAAUAUAAGUAUUUUUUCUCGAUUAAUUGGGUAUCGAUUUCUCGCUAGCAAAAUUUGCUCAUUUUUUUUUUUUUUAAAGACAAUAUUUUAAUUUUCGAUAUUACAAUCUCUCUUAAUAUUGAACUUCAACACACUUGUUUGAAAAUAGAAUAACAAAAAGUCCUUAUGAAUUUAUACGAUCUCUUCGUGUAAGAGUAAUCGACUUUCACUAGUGUCAACACCAAUCGUUAAAGUACACGCCUGUUUUUCGUAGGUCGUAUGCGAGAAAAAAAAAUGUUUUGGCCUGGGGACAAAAAAAAGUGCAGCUUUCGUAGAUCAAGGUGGGAGGGGCGCGGGGGAGUCGCGUAUAUCCGAAUUUCGGUGAUUUGCGGAGGUUCGCUCUCGCUGUGCGCGAAAUAAACGACAUUGUAAAGCGCCGGCCGCUGCAGCAGUCGCCGCGCCGCCGCCGCCGCCGCCGCCGCCACCGGGCGUCGCGGCGCGGGGAAACAAAACACGGCGCCCGGCUACAAUCGAGCACAGCGAAACGGAUUGUUCGCCUCUCGCGAAUUAUCGUUGCCCCGUGUUGUCCACUCGAUGGAUUGGAAACCCGUCGAUUCGAAUUACGAAAUAGUACACCGCGUCGCGUGAUUGUGUGACUCGAUUUCACCGACAGCGCGACAUCCGAGACACGCUCUCUCUCGCGAGCGACAUUGUCGCUCGGAAAGUCGCUUCCAGACAAUGCGCACGUUUGUCAAAUAUGUUCGACGAAUUCCCUACGCCCGCGCCGCGCCCCACGUAUUUACGCGACAGAUUUUGCUGCAUUGUCGCGCGCAAAUACAAUAUACAUAUACAUAUAUGCAUAUAUAUCGCUAUGUCGACGUAUAUUAUUUCGUCCGCAUGAUAUGUAUAUAUACAUAUAUAUGUGACAUUUUUAUCAGUUUUUAUGCCAGAGCCUCGCCAAUCUCGGGCGCUUGCGUACGGGUAACGAUUUUACUUUCCGUUGUAUUCGAGCAAAAUUCCGUUACCAUAAGUUUAACCCUUUAUAACGCCAAAUAACUUGAAAGUUACGUGUAUCCAUGCAUUUCAUCGAUAUACCCUCCUUUUACGAACUGCACAAUUUUUUUUUUCUCGUAAACGAAAAACUUCUUAGUUAAAACUUUAUAGAGGGUUGUAACGAGUGGUGACGUUUUUUUUAUUUUUCUUUUUCCAUCAAGACUCGCCAAUGUUGUGCGAUUCGUCGAGACGACUUCACCUCUACGGAUCAGUGACGCGAUUUUAUUCGCGAAAAAGAAAGAGAGAGCUCUCGAGGCUUUCCCUUUGUGUGAAAAAAAAAAAGAAAAAGAAACGAAGUGUGACGGUGAAAGACGCGAGGAAACGCGAGGGGACGGAGCGCGUUCGCGUCGCGAGUGAGGAUCUUAGAACAAGUUUACGAUUUCGCACGUUCAAUUGUAAAUGACACCUAUAUUGUAAAUACACGUUUGUUAUAAGCGACGUUGUGCGAAGAGGGACGGAAGUGUGUCGCGCGCAGUGUGUCGACAACGAAUUUCUAAAUCGAGAGCGACGACGUUCAUUAUUCAUAAACGAUUUAGAGAAUGAGCAUUAUCGAGCAUUAAAGUAUAACGAUUACGCAAAGCAAAAAAAAAAGUAUAGGAUUGACGAUAGCGAGUAGUGUGUCGUGGUGAGAAAAUCAGCUAGAGAUUAUUAUAAAGUUUUGUAAAUAAUAAAAGAGAUAUUAAUAAAACGAUACUUAUUCAAACACCAA